AUGCGCCGUAUCGUCCUUCAUCAGCUAGCCUUCCUGGCGAUGGCCGCCUUGGCCAGCGGGGCUCCCCCUCAGGUUGGCAUGGAGCGCCGGGAGACGACGAGCACAGAAACGAGUGUGGUAUGGGCCUUCGUCACCACGACCGCACCGCCGGCAGUGACGACCAUCUUUCCGCAGUACACAACCAGCUACAUCACCCUGGGCACCGCUAUCGAGUACGCCUUCACGACGUCAUCCUUGACCAAGUCGGGCUGCGUGAGCUACUCGUACCAGCAACCCGAGCCGACGGUGCCCGUCGUCACCGUCACGUCGACUAGCACCAUAACCGUCACGACGCGCAGCACCGAGACCGUGACGGACAGCCUCAGCCCGCCCAGGACGGUUGUUUCGCCCACGGUGGCGGUUGUGCGCAGGACCGACGGGCUGACGGUGUGGUCGACCAGCUGCACCAACACACUGGUCGAGUCGCUGUACGUCGCCUCGACGAGCACGCACACGGCGCUGCCGUCGGCCACGGCGCACAAGCGCGCCACCGUCACCCGUGUCUGCAUGGUCUCGUCGCGCGUGUCACAGUCCGUGGUGGGCGGCGGGCCCAUGCCGACCACGGAGCCCUACGUGCCGGCCAUCAGCCGCUUCCGCGACGGCGGCGGCGUCGGCAGCGUCAUCACCAUCAAGGCGGCUACGUCGACCGUGGUGACCGUCACGCUGCCAGACCAGACAUCGACCGCGACCGAGACUGUGUGCAACAACCCGUCCACGUCCACUACGGCUGUGUGGUAUGUGGUGACGGUGACGCCGGCGCCUUCAACAUCAUACGUGACGCCCAAGGACUGCGGCGCGGCGGAGGCCACGGGGGCGGCGGUCAACGACGAGGGGCAAGCUCGCGAGAGGCGCCAGGAUGCUCCGGCGGCCACGGGGCCGGUAGUGGAGACGGUUAGCAGCACCUUCAAAUCCAUCGGGCUUGUCGAAAACAUGGUGGCGACCAGCCAGGUCGUGGCUGUGUACGAGCUGAGGGUCCAGACAUUUACGACAAUUUUCAACGAGCCCGUGACGGUGACGGCGUCGCGUCCCGUCAGCUACGUGACGGUUUGCGCGGGGGCGUCCGGGGGUUUGGCCGUGUUUUAG